UGCCCAAAACGCUAAACCAGCGGUGGCGUUGGGGUUCUGAGCGCUAGGUUUCAGGAUUAGGGUUUUUGCUGCGCGCUAUCUGUCGGCCAUGGAUUCCAACUCGAAGAAGCGAAAGACCGACGAGAACGGCGCCGUCGCCACCUCUCUGGCGGGGCUGACUCCCGAGGACGCCCGCAAGAUCGUGGAGCCCUUCACCCGCGAUCAGCUCCUCGACAUCGUCCAGGAAGCCAUGUGUCGCGAUGCCGGCGUCCUCGACGCCGUCCGGGCCAUCGCGGACCGGGACCCUGCUCAGCGCAAGCUCUUCAUCCGCGGCCUUGGAUGGGAGACUACCACUGACGCCCUCCGCAACCUCUUCUCCUCGUACGGCGAGCUCGAGGAGGCCGUUGUCAUCGUCGACAAGGCCACGGGCAAGAGCAAGGGCUACGGCUUCAUCACCUUCCGCCACAUCGACGGUGCUCUCCUUGCCCUAAAGGAGCCCUCCAAGAAGAUUGACGGCCGCAUGACUGUCACCCAGCUCGCUGCUGCCGGCACCGCCGGCCCCACGGCCGCCGCUCCGCCCCCCAUCGACGUCUCCCUCCGCAAGAUCUUUGUCGGGAACGUCCCGGCUGACAUGCCUUCCGACCGCCUCCUCGCCCACUUCUCCUCCUACGGGGAGAUCGAGGAGGGGCCACUGGGGUUUGACAAGCAAACGGGCAAGUUCCGGGGGUUUGCCCUUUUUGUCUACAAGACGGCCGAGGCAGCCAGGGCGUCUCUUGUAGACCCCACCAAGAACAUUGAUGGGCACCAUCUGGUGUGCAAGCUUGCGAUUGAGGGGAAGAAGGGGAAGCCGGGGGCUCCGGCCACCGGCGCUGCUGUCCCGGUGGGUGGAGUCCAGGGCCAACCGAUGGGAGGCGGGGCUGAUAUCGGUGGGGAUAAGCUCGGAAUGGGUCACCAGUCCUCCUUGCCGAGCUCUCUGUCGAGCCAGUAUGGAGGGCCGGGCAGUGGGAUCUCUUCGUUUGGUGGUUACUCUGGCAGUGGGAUACCAGGUGCUGCAGGGCUGGGUCACCAUCAUCACCUGAACUCAUCUCUGCCGUCAUCGAUGGGUGCUGGCAAUCCAGGUAUGUCAUCGUUGGGAAGCCAGGUGCCUUCAUCUCUAGCUGGUGCUGGAGCUGGAGGUUAUGGAGGCGGUCUUGGGGGUCCGUAUGGAUCUUCGUCGCAGUAUGGUGGUCCUGGAUCUGGUGGCUAUGGUGGUUUUGGUGCGGCAUCAUCGCUGUACCGCUUGCCACCAAGCUCUGUUGGGAUGCCGUCUGGGGGUUAUCCUGAGAGCGGGCACUACCCGGCGUCCGCUUACCAGAGCCAGCACCACCCACCACCUGGCUCAUCUCCUGGAUCUAGGGUUCCGAGUGGAGGGCUUUACCAGAACCCAUACUACUAGGCAGAAUGAUAUCUCAGGUUGAAGAAGCCUGCUGCAAGAGCUCAUUUAUGCAGGGCCUAUUCUGUAAUUAAGUGCGAUUAUCUGGUAGGAUUCUUUAUUUAAAUUAAAUUGUUACAUUAUCAUUAUGGCUUUCUAUGUAUGAUCAUCUGUUGCUAGCCAGUUUCAAGUCUUCUCUUUUUUUGCUAGGGAAAAGCCUAUUGGUGUCCAUAUUGUUAUGAAUGUGAUGGAAGACAAAUGACAACCCCUUGACAGGCCCAAGGGGGGCUCUUGUAGGACGUGUGAAUUUGAGGUCGGUUAGGCGAAUUUGAUGAAUCACCCGUGCUGAAACGGGGCCUAUCCUUAUAGGAGGGUAACCACUUUGAGGAGGGAUGGGAGGGUAAUCACGGGAAUGGCAGGUCGGAGGACUAAUCAUAAAUGCCUCUACAUGUUCGGCUUGCUUGUGGGGGACGGUGGGCGAAUGAUCUAAGGAUCGAAACCGUGUAAAUUCGGACGAUAGCUGCAAUUGUUUUUUCUUUUGGUUAAAGUACAAAAGUUCCUCUCUGAGAACAAAUUUAAAUUGAAUUGUGAUUAUACAAGGUCCUCCUCGAUUGUAAUUGUGGAAAAUUCCAGACUGGUUAAACGAAGGGUCUGAUGCAUUUA